AUGGUGGCCAAAGCCAACGAAGUCAAGGCCGAAGAGGUCCGAGCACAGCAUGAGAACAACAUGCUUGCCCAACAAAUGUUGGAAUUGGAUGAGAAGCGAUACGAACUCGACAAAGCGGAGCGUGAGGCGAGGUUUGCCUUAGAGCGACGUGAACGGGAGGCUCAGUUAGAGUUUCUACACGGAACUCUUGAAUACCGAGAGAGAUUCUCGGCUGCGGCCAAAGAGCAAGUUCAUGGUCCCGAGGCGGUGAGGCCACGCCAAACGGUUGAGCAGAAUGCAGAGAGCCUCCACAGCACAGGCAUUAUAGCGCUGGGGUGUGAUCAUCGGGUCGGGUAUUUCAAGCAACGCCACAAGCAGUUCAAUCUCAGCUUUGCUGAACCGGAAAUGGAACUCACACGUGGCAUCAGUUUGUCCCAUUAG